AUGGCCACCAAGGUCAGUAACCGGAGAUCACGAAAGUGGAUGAAUGACCGUUUGCUGAUUGAACUUGUCCUGCGUCGUGAGGAAGUACCCUUGUCAGCAUUCUGCAGGACAAGUGUUGGUGAAUGGGAUGCCUUCAGGAGCAUUGACAUGGAUGCUGAGGACCCAUUUCAGAGGCUGCUUCUGCAUGGUGUUUGUGAGUUCUACAACGUGACCUCGACGACCACGAGCAGUGUAAGAGAUGGGAGGCCUUGGAAGACAACUACCAUCAAGAAGAGGCAGGGCACGGGUGUUCCCUCCAGAAUCACAUCACGGGUGUUCCCUCCAGAAUCACAUUAG